AUGAUCAAGUCAAUGAUUCUUGUGGCUUUGAUUUUGGCAUUCGCCUCUGCUAAAACAUGCAAAUACGACAGUUCGGGAUUCCAAUCUUACUGGAGAUUCGCUAAUAAUUCGAUUAUGCUUCAAUUCAUGAAUACUGAUAUUAAGAAUAAUCAAUGGACAGGAAUUGGAUUCGGAGAUGAUAAGAACAACUUGGUCGGUGUCUUCUUCAUGGUCUCCAACAACCAAGUCACCGUUCGCACCGGCUCCACCACCGAGCACGGACCACCAAACUUCAACCAAAACGGAACAAACAUGGGAUCAUCUGUCUCCACUCAAUCCGCUCUCUAUUUCCCAGAAGACGAGACAAUGAGUGCAGUAGUCCAGAUUCCAGUUCAAUUCCAAGGAAGAAACCUUCAAUCCUGCCAGAAGUGGAGGUGGAUCAAAUCCGGAAAGAUUGAGAAUGGUCAACUCACUCGCAACUCGAAAUCUCCAAAGGACAAGAAGGUGUGCCCGAUGGAAUGCAAUUAA